GUCGUCCAUGCUGUGUUCGUUUUUUUACAGUCUAUGGUUCGCACACGCUGUGGAGAACUGGAACUGUACUGUCCUCUCAUAACUCUUAGGGGAUCGAGAAAAGGUUGAAGGGUGACAUUCAGCACUUAGUACAGGAAACAUGGUGAACCAAAGAGCUGACAUAGGUUGGCAGUCCUCGAAGAGCGACUCUAGCGGGGCCAGUUACAGUGGAGAGAGCUCCAAAGAGAGCUCCAGGUGCUCAACCCCUGUACUGGACGCCGACCGCACUGACCGGCUGCGGGACAAGAUGAAACGGCGGAUCGAGUCUGGGGACCACUGGUUCUCACUAGAGUUCUUCCCACCCCGCACAGCUUCUGGAGCAGUCAAUCUUAUCUCUAGAUUUGACCGAAUGGGUUCUGGAGGUCCUCUCUUCAUUGACAUCACUUGGCAUCCCGCUGGAGAUCCGGGCUCAGACAAAGAAACGUCUUCCAUGAUGAUAGCAAGCACAGCAGUCAAUUAUUGCGGCCUGGAGAGUGUCCUGCAUUUGACAUGCUGUAAUCAGACGAAAGAGAAAAUAUCAGCCCAUUUAAAUAAAGCCAAGCGGCUAGGCCUAAAGAAUAUCAUGGCCCUCAGAGGAGAUCCUAUUGGGGAAGAUUGGGUGGAGGAAGAUGGAGGUUUCAACUAUGCUACAGAUCUGGUCAAGCACAUUCGCUGUGAAUUCGAUGACUAUUUUGAUAUCUGUGUUGCAGGUUACCCCACGGGUCACCCAGAGGCUGAGAGCUAUGAAGAUGACCUCAGGCACUUGAAGGAGAAGGUUGAUGCUGGUGCUCACUUCAUCGUCACCCAGCUUUUUUUCAGGGCAGAAAACUUCCUUAAGUUUACUAAAGACUGUCGGGCCAUUGGCAUCACCUGCCCCAUUCUCCCAGGAAUCUUCCCUAUUCAGGGGUACCACUCACUCCGUCAGCUGGUCAAACUCUCCAAACUUGAAGUGCCAGAGGAGAUCAAGCAGGUGAUUGAGCCCAUUAAAGAAAACGACGCCGCCAUUCGGAACUAUGGCAUCCAGCAGGCGGUGGAGAUGUGCAAGGUUCUGCUGGCCAGUGGAGAGGUCCCAGGCCUGCACUUUUACACACUCAAUAGAGAGGUGGCCACCAUGGAAGUUCUCAGACAGCUAGGCUUAUGGGUAGAGGAUCCACGGCGACCUCUGCCCUGGGCAAUCAGCGCCCAUCCAAAGCGUAAGGAAGAAGACGUCAGGCCAAUAUUCUGGGCUUCCCGACCCAAAAGCUACAUCUACAGAACACAGGACUGGGAUGAUUUCCCCAACGGAAGAUGGGGCAACUCCUCCUCACCAGCCUUUGGCGAGCUGACAGACUACUACCUGUUUUACCUGAAGAGUAAGUCUCCUAAAGAGGCCCUGCUGCAGAUGUGGGGUGAGGAACUAACAAGCGAGGAGAGUGUUUAUGAAGUCUUCACCAACUACAUCACGGGGCAAACCAAUUCCAAAGGACACAAGAUCAUGUGUCUGCCGUGGAACGACGACCCUCUGGCUACAGAGACCAACCUGUUGAAGGAUGAGUUGGAGAAGGUGAACCGCAGGGGUGUUCUCACCAUUAACUCUCAACCCAACAUUAACGGUAAAGCCUCAUCCGACCCCAUUGUAGGCUGGGGCCCUCCAGGGGGAUACGUCUUUCAAAAGGCAUAUUUGGAGUUUUUCACAUCAAGUGAAAAUGUUACUGCACUUCUGCAAGUGCUGAAGAAAUAUGAACCUCGUGUGAACUACCACAUUGUCAACGUUCAGGGUAGGAAUAUCACAAAUGCCCCUGACAUGCAGCCCAACGCUGUGACAUGGGGGAUAUUCCCAGGCAGAGAGAUCGUUCAGCCCACCGUGGUGGAUCCAGUCAGCUUUAUGUCUUGGAAGGACGAGGCUUUCGCGCUCUGGAUCGAGCAAUGGGCGAAGUUGUACGAGGACGAAUCACCCUCCCGCAUGAUCAUUAAGUACAUCCACGACAACUAUUACCUCGUCAACCUCGUGGACAACGACUUCCCGCUAGACAACUGCCUCUGGCAAGUGAUUGAAGACAUGUUUGUGCUUCUGGACUCUCCUCAAGGAACUCAGGAUGAGGGAAGGGAAUUGUAGCACCACAGAACUCAAAAAGUCUGGAAGCGCUGCUAUCUGAUCCAGAGACCUCACAACGAACACACCGAGUACUUAACUGUGAUGACGCAGUACUUUUAGUCAUUUUCAGAGUUUAAUUUGCCAUCACAGUCAAUAUAUAGGAAUUGUUUUUUUUUUGCAAACGUAGCAGUACACAAGAAGAUUUGCCUUAAAGGAGAACUCCGGCGAACAAUGAACCUUU